UUUACGAGAGACAGCGAGGCCUAUGUCAGUUUAGUUCACGGGCUCAUCGUUGCUUACCGGAUAACUUCUCGACGAGUCGAUGAAUCAUGCUUGCAAGUUGCUCUGAUCCGGCGACGCCACCACUACCGCCACGCCAUGGCCUCCUCCCCGCCGCAAAACCCGUCAUCGCCGGCCAAGAUGGACCCCGAAGCUCCACCUGAAGACCACCAAACCCAGAUCGCCGCCGAUCUCCAAUCCCUCUCUCUCGCCCCUACCGACGAUCCCCUCACCACCCAGUUCGCCACCCUGAACGACCUCUGCUUCGAGCUCUCCUCCCUCCAAGAUCUGGCCUGCCGGGGAUCGUGGCGCUCCAUCAUCGACAAGGUCGCUCGCGCCCGCAAACUCUCCCUCCUCUCGAAGCCCCACGAACACCUCACCUAUCUAUCCUAUCAUGUACUCGCCCUCACCAAGCUCCGCCGCUUCGGUGACGCCGCUGCCGAGCUCGACUCCCUUGACGACGAUCUCAACAGCCCUUCGUAUCAGUACCAGACCUACCCUCAGCACUACCCGAAUCGAUCCGGCUCCAUGGUCCCCUUUGCUCUCCGCUGGCUUCACGCCGAGCUGCCUUCCAAGAUGGGGAAGCGCCACGAGACCCUUGAUCAGCUGUACACCCUUCUCGAUUUUGUCAGAGGCAAAAUAUCAAACACUGGGAGUGUUUCCGCUGAGUUGUGGGGGAAACGCGAAGGUUUCGUAUUGAAUUCUAUAAUUAGUCACCAUUUGGGUCAGAAGGAGUUCGGGGCGUGUUUGGAUCUGAUCAAGGAUUUGAUUAGUCGGAAUGGUGAUGUGGAGAAGCCGGACGCGGUUUUGUUCUCCAAGCUGGGUUACAUUCAGAUGCAGUUUGGGGAUUUGGAAGGUGCAAAGGUGACAUUCAGUAAGAUUGAGGAGUUGGUAAAGGAGAGGAUGGGUGAUGUUGAAUUGCACAAUCUUGUAAGUAGGAACAAGGCGUUGGUUUAUUUGGUUGGGAAGGAUUAUUUGUCGGCCGUUAGGGAGUACGAGGAGUGCAUUGAACGAGAUGGCUCAGAUGUGGUGGCAAUCAAUAACAAGGCGCUCUGCUUGAUGUACUUGAGGGAGUUGUCGAGUUCUAUCAGUGUGUUGGAGAAUGCAUUGGAGAGGGUCCCUACGGUGGCUUUGAAUGAAGCCCUUGUGGUGAAUUUGUGUAGCAUGUAUGAGUUGGCUUAUGUUAAUCACUUGGAUGUUAAGCGGACACUGAGUAAUUGGAUUGCUCGUGUUGCUCCUGAUGAUUUUGAUACAUCUUGUACUCGAACAUGAGGUAUUUCCUGUGUCAGUUGUCCUCAUUGUUGAUUAAUUUUUACUGUAGCUGAACUGAAUGGACUUAUUUCCUGAAUGUGAAUUAGCUUUGCUAGUUUUGGCAGAGAUUGAUAUCA